AUGGACUUCUCCGCUCUGCCCAACACCAACCACCCUCAGAGGUUCCUGCAGCUGGACGUGGGCAUGCUGCCGGCCUCACACGGGAUGUUCCAGAUCGGGGCGGUGCUGAGCAGCCAGAGGCACUGGAGCAACAGAGUCUACUCUCAGAAGAGGGACCCCAGGCCGAGCCGCCCCCCCUCCCCAGAAGCCUCUCCUGUGGUGUUUGAUGCCAGAUACCUGGAGAAACACAUCACACCCGUCACCCUGAAGUCCAACAUCAAGAGGAACCCUCUGUACACGGACAUCAGACCCGUGGAAGAGUACGACAACAAGAAGACCAAGCCCUCCUGGACGGUGAAGGAGUUCGACACGCAAACAAUCCACGGAAACCUGGAGGGGUAUUUAAAGAAGACGGCUAAAGACCUGGACUUCUGGCUGGAGGAUCUCUACACACCGGGGUUCGACUCGUUACUGAAGAAGAAGGAAGCCGAACACAAAAGAAAAAGACUCUGCAAAAUACUCUCUGUGUUCCUCCUGUGUGUCGGUGCGGUGCUCAUCGUUAUCAUAGUGCCAGUGUUGGUUCUGCAGAAGAAAGGCUGAUUAAAGAGGAUAUUUAUAAGGA